AUGCCAGCCAUUGGAAUUGAUCUAGGAACGACAUAUUCGUGUGUUGGAGUGUGGCAACACGGCAAUGUGGAGAUCAUCGCGAACGACCAAGGCAACAGAACCACACCAUCCUACGUAGCGUUCACUGACACAGAGCGACUCAUCGGCGAUGCGGCGAAGAACCAGGUGGCCCUCAACCCCAGCAACACAGUGUUCGACGCCAAAAGGUUAAUCGGGCGCAAAUUCGACGAUCCAAAGAUCCAACAAGACAUGAAACAUUGGCCAUUCAAAGUAGUCAACGACUGCGGGAAGCCCAAAAUUCAAGUAGAGUUCAAAGGUGAAACGAAGACGUUUGCGCCGGAGGAGAUCAGCAGCAUGGUGUUGACGAAGAUGAAGGAGACGGCGGAGGCGUACCUCGGCACCACGGUGCGGGACGCCGUCAUCACCGUGCCGGCGUACUUCAAUGACUCUCAGCGUCAGGCCACGAAGGACGCGGGCGCCAUCGCCGGGCUGAAUGUGUUGCGCAUCAUCAACGAGCCCACGGCUGCUGCUCUGGCUUACGGCUUGGACAAGAACUUGAAAGGGGAGCGCAACGUGUUGAUCUUCGAUCUCGGCGGUGGUACUUUCGACGUGUCGAUCCUGACUAUCGACGAGGGCUCUCUGUUCGAAGUGAAGGCGACGGCCGGCGACACGCACCUGGGAGGCGAGGACUUCGACAACAGACUCGUGAACCAUCUCGCGGAAGAGUUCAAGCGCAAGUACAAGAAGGACCUGCGUUCGAACCCGCGCGCCAUGCGUCGCCUCCGCACCGCCGCCGAGCGCGCCAAGCGCACGCUGUCGUCUAGCACCGAGGCCACCAUUGAGAUCGACGCGCUCUAUGAAGGCAUCGACUUCUAUACGCGCGUCUCCCGCGCUCGCUUCGAGGAGCUCAACGCAGAUUUGUUCAGAAACACCUUGGCGCCAGUGGAAAAGGCGCUUAAGGACGCAAAAUUGGACAAGAGCCAGAUCCAUGAUGUCGUGCUUGUAGGCGGUUCCACUCGCAUUCCGAAAGUGCAAAGUUUGCUUCAGAACUUCUUCUGUGGUAAGAAACUGAACUUAUCUAUCAAUCCAGACGAAGCAGUUGCGUAUGGUGCCGCCGUGCAAGCUGCAAUCCUCAGUGGAGAGUCUCAUUCGAAGAUUCAGGAUGUAUUGCUGGUGGACGUAGCUCCUUUGUCUCUCGGUAUCGAGACGGCUGGAGGCGUAAUGACAAAAAUCAUUGAAAGAAACUGCAAGAUUCCUUGCAAACAGUCGCAAACCUUCACCACAUAUUCAGACAACCAGCCAGCAGUUACUAUCCAAGUCUAUGAAGGCGAACGUGCGAUGACCAAGGACAACAACCUGCUGGGUACGUUCGACUUGACCGGCAUUCCGCCAGCACCGCGCGGCGUCCCCAAGAUCGACGUCACUUUCGAUAUGGACGCUAACGGUAUCCUGAACGUCUCUGCUAAAGAAAACAGCACGGGUCGCAGCAAGAACAUCGUGAUCAAGAACGACAAGGGACGGCUGUCGCAGGGCGAAAUCGACCGCAUGUUGUCGGAAGCCGAGCGCUACAAAGAAGAGGACGAGAAGCAGCGGCAGAGGGUCGCCGCCCGCAACCAGUUGGAGACGUACGUAUUCAGCGUGAAGCAGGCGCUAGACGACGCGGGAGACAAGCUGAGCGAGUCUGACAAGAGCACGGCGCGCCGGGAGUGUGACGAUGCACUCAAGUGGCUGGACAACAACACCCUCGCAGACCGGGAGGAGUACGAACACAGGCUGAAGGAGCUGCAGCGAGUGUGCUCGCCCAUCAUGAGCAAGAUGCACGGUGCAGGUGCGGGUGGUGAUAUGCCUGGUGGAAUGCCCGGAGGCAUGCCCGGAGGCAUGCCCGGAGGCAUGCCCGGAGGCAUGCCCGGAGGCAUGCCCGGAGGCAUGCCCGGAGGCAUGCCCGGAGGCAUGCCCGGAGGCAUGCCCGGAGGCAUGCCCGGAGGCAUGCCCGGAGGUAUGCCCGGAGGUAUGCCCGGAGGUAUGCCCGGAGGUAUGCCCGGGGGAAUGCCCGGAGGUAUGCCUAGAGGUAUGCCCGGGGGUAUGCCCGGAGGUAUGCCCGGAGGUAUGCCCGGAGGUAUGCCCGGAGGUAUGCCCGGAGGUAUGCCCGGAGGUAUGCCCGGAGGUAUGCCCGGAGGUAUGCCCGGAGGUAUGCCUUUUGGUAUGCCUGGUGGUAUGCCUUUUGGUAUGCCUGGAGGUAUGCCUGGUAGCCAGCGUAAUGGCCCUACGGUGGAGGAAAUGGAUUAA